GUGAACUUAUGAGUGGAAGCUUUCACAGCUGUCUUAAGCUUUACAUGCAUCAUGCAUUCGCUUCGGUGUGCUUCGUAUUGUGAUUUGGUUAUCAAUAAAAAUGAAAUAACUUUAAAAUCAGCCAAAUAAAAUUUAUUGUUCUUGAAGACUUUCGAUCGAAAUGGCAGAGCGAAUGCGUAGACGUUUUAAAUUGUCCGAGUUGACCGAUGAACAAUUGCUUGACUUGUUCAAUGAUGUUGAGACGGACGAGGAACUCUUGAAUAACUCCAGUGAUGACGAUGAAGACAGCUUGGAUUUGGUAGAAUCACUUAACACGGCAUUGGAGGACGCCGAAACUAUUUCAUUUAUCGACAAUACCGCUGAUAAUGUCAAAGAUAAUGUACAGGAGCUGGAAAUUACCAAAAAUCCUGCAAAGAGACCUCGUUCACCACUGCCGAUAAAGGAAUAUUCAGUGUGUACAUCUGAGCCUUUUUCUGGUGGUUUCAAUUGUGCCGAUGUUGAAUCAAUAAACAAGGUGCCGACAAAGGUAACAUGGCGGCAGCAAUCGAUACAGUUGCAUGUAAACGAUAUAGCUUUUCGGGGAGAUUCUUCACUCCCAGAUUGUAUAAAGGAACUUAAACACCGAUGCAGAUUUUCUGUUACUUCUUCGAUUCAGAGAUUAUGAAUAUGAUUGUUGAAGAAACCAUUCGGUCAGCAUUGACGAUAUCCAUCACUACAUUGGAAUUUUGAUCUACAUGUCCACUUAUCGGUACCCGAAUAUAAAAAGCUACUGGGGUAUAAAUGCAUUACAGACAGCCGUCUGCUUGCUAUCCACUUAUGUGGGUGUUAAGCCAUUUUUGAAAUUAAAUGCAAAUAAAGAGAUAGCAAAGAUAGCUCGUUAUGACAGGAAAUCUAAAAGACAAAUUUAGGUUUAUUGUCCCCAAAUUAUUCGGGAAUAUAAUGCCCACAUGGUCGGUGUUGAUCUCAUGGAUGGACUUAUGGGUCGUUAUCAUAUUUGAGCAAAAACACAAGAUGCCAUGACACGAAUUUUUUACCAUUUGGUUGAUAUGGCAGCGAAAAAUGCGUAUGUUUUAUACAGGCGCAUCAACAAGGAAAACAAGAGCACAGACUAUUUGUUGGAGCUUCCGCAGUUUCGGGAAUCAAUUGCUGCUGGUUUAGUUGCAAAUCAAAGCAAGCAUAAACGCGGUCGACCAUUUUGUCAUAAUGAUCGGAAAUUUCCGUCACCAUCAUCUCAGCAAACUGCAGAACAAGGUUGGGCAAUGCAAUCUCCAUCCACGCCGAGAUCUUCGCUCACAGUUGGUGAAAAAUCAAAGCAUCCAAUUUCAGAUGAUUCAGAUGAUGAAUCCAAUCAUUUUCCUGUUUGGAUGAGCCGAGACAGUGGAAAAAGAUGGUGCAAGCACUGCAAAAAAUCCCAAACACACAUAUGUGCACAAAAUGUAACCUGCACUUGUGCUGUACGGCAAAUAAAAAUUGU